AUGAUGUCUCAGCUGAAAAAACUCAACGAUCGGCAAAGCGAAGUUCUCGACGCUUUUGAAUGCAUCGAUGCUGUCGAUACUGCCAGAAAUCGACAUCAACGAGGACUCACGACAUUCUACUCGGUCGAGAAGACGAAGCAAAAGGACUCGGACUUCAAGCCCGUCUUUUACGAGAAAUCUUACGGCGCGACUGACAAGCGGACAUUUGUCAAGUUGAAAGAAUCAGACAGAAAACGAUCCUUCGUGUCCCGAAGACGACUUCGAGAACUACUACUGACAGAUGGAGAGCCUUUUUCGCAGCAGGAAAGCGAUGAGUUCUGGAACUUCCUGGACUCUGUUGGUGGAAGACGAGAUGACAACGUCGAGUACGAAAAUUUUGUGAAGAAAAUUACCGAAGAAGCACUUUUCAACUUCAAACAAUAA